AUGCCGCCGCCGGCGGCGCUCAUGGACGAGUUGGUCGAGGAGUUCCUCCUCCGCCUCCCGCCCGACGACCCCGCGAGCCUCGUCAACGCCGCCCUCGUCUGCAAGCGAGUGGGGCCGCCUCAUCGCCGGCCCUGCCUUCCGCCGCAAGUUCCGCAAGAUCCACCGCACCAAGCUGCUGCACAUGGCUCGGGGCCAGGAAGCUGA